AUGAUUCCGAUCUUUUUUAAAACAUUGCCACUAGAUUCAACAUGGCUGAAAACCUAUAAUUCAAGUCUUUUGUGGGGUGGUGUGUUGAAAAAGUUAAAAAAACUGAAUCUUGGCAGUCUCAGGAAAAAUGAUAAUCCGAUGGAGGCCGAAGAAGGUCAUUUUCGGAAAGUAUUAAUAGAUAUUUCAGAUCAAUUGAGUGAAGAAGAGUGCAGAAAAUUAAAAUUUUUAUUAGGCAAAGAUAUAUCUCGUCGUAUACGCUAUGAUCCAACAAUCGGUGAUACAUGGGAUCUCUUUGAACAACUACCUGAGAGAUGUAAAAUAUCUGCAAAAGAAUUUACGUAUUUAAUUGAAGCGUUUGAAAGUAUAAAAUGUAUUGUUGCAGCAGAUAUAUUAAAAGGUAAGUGUAAUGUAUUGAAUGCAUUUUAG